AUGGCUCAUUAUCACCCUCACCAAACUUUUAAUGUGCUGACCAAAUUUGAUGGAACUUCGAUGCCUGUGGAUAGUUUCUUAACCCCUGUUUUACAAUGUCUUUUUCUUCCAACUACAGGCGAAGGAGUGGCGAAGGGAUCUUUGGUCGACGGACCCAUUGAUAUGUUCGCCAAAACCAUGUCCAGGGACCGCUUCAACAACCUGACCUCCGCCCUCCACUUCGCGAACAACGAAGGGGAGCACGACGCGGAGGACCGUUUGUGGAAGCUGCGCCCUGUGAUUGACGUCUUGGAUUCGACGUACCAUUCCGUUCUCGUCCCCAACCAGAAUGUGACUGUCGACAAGAGCUUGUGGGCCUUCAAAGGCAGGCAUGAUGCCCUGCAUAUAAUCCAAGCAAGAGCUCGGAGGGGCUUGAAGGUCUACAAGCUAUGUUCGUCCGACGGUCCAGAGGCAGGGUAUACGGCGGCCUUCACCAUUUACAUGGGGCAGGAUCGCGGCGAGUUUCCAGCAAGUAUGAAGGCCGUCGACGCCCUUUUGGAGAAGGCAAAGCUGCUCGACAAGGAGUACCAGUUGUACACAGACAACUGGUCUUCCUCCCGACUCUCUUCCACUAUCUGUAGGCCCAGAAGACCAUCACCAUUGGCACAGUAUGUGCCAACAGGCGGGGUAGGCCCUCAGACCUGCAGGCGAGUCGGGGGACACAGCGACUUCCAGAGUAGUAACACUGGAAUGCUUUGCCUGCAGUGGGUAGACAGGCGUCUUGUGACAAUGCUAUCCACUGCUCACACGUCAAAGGUCGUUACCCUGCCUCCCAACCACCGAGGGGUGGAGAGGUCGAAGCCCGAGGUCGUUGCGUGUUACAAGGCAUGA